GGGGGAGGGAACCGGUUCCUAGAACAGCCGGGGGGGGGGGGCUCGGGGAGGACUUUGCGUUCACACACUCGCAGGCUGGCAGCCGGGAUCCGCAAUUUCCAGGCGCUUGCUUUGCACCGGGAUUUUGUUGUUGUUUUUUUGGUUACCUUUUGCAGUCGGCGCCAAGCGAGGCAAGCCGCAGCCUGGUAAACGGAGGGCAUUUCCCGUGGAUUUUGGAAAGGGGGGGGCGGAUUUUUUGGGAAGCGACGCGUUUUGCCUUUUUUUUUUUUUUUAACUGUCGUUGCGAAGAAGAAGAAAGUGUGUGGGGGGAGGAAGGCAGAGCCCACCAUUAAAUCGCAGUUGUGUGUGUGUGGGGGGUGUGGAGGGAGGGGGGGUUGCAAUCUAACAAAAGGCACAAGAAGCUACAGAAGAGAAGCUGCGCCCCGGUUGUUAAGGGGAACCCGGACUGGCCGGCCGGGCGCCGCAGUGGUGAGUGAAGUCGCCCUCUGAAAAACACGGCGUGAAGCCCGCUUCACGCCGGAUCAAAGUUUGCAUCCACCCACCCGACGCGCGGCGACCGAGGCGGCCAAGGCGCAGAGCAGGCUCCUGCUCGCCCAUUGUUGGGCUUCCCGGCGGGACCCCGGAGCAGAAGCCCAGUGCCUAAGCUGCUCCAGAUGUGGAGUCCCGCAGCUGGCCGGACCAAGCGGAAUUGGGAUCUGGCCACCGGUUUCUUUUGCGGGAUCGGGAUGCACCGGCGUCUCGGCGACUGAUCAGACGGGGGGGACAGGACCCUUCUCUGUCGCCGCGCUCAACCCCCUCCCGCUGCGCCACUGAGUCGCAGGGCGUCGUUUUCUUCUGAGAGGAGCCCAGCCAGCUGAUCAAAAUAGAGUCCCUCAAGGUGACAGUCGACUUCCUGAAGGUGCCCCUGGGCCUGAAGAAGCCCGCGCUGAAGGAGGCAGCGGCCGCCUUGGCUGCUGUCCCCGUCGGGAGACCCAAGUCCGUCAACGUGGAGCGCUACAAGGCCCGGCGCUCUGACAACAUGGACAACGAGUCGCAGUACUCGGGGUACUCCUACAAGUCGGGGCACUCGCGCAGCUCCCGCAAGCACAGAGACCGGCGGGACCGGCACCGCUCCAAAAGCCGGGAUGGGAGCCGGGGAGACAAGUCGGUGACCAUCCAGGCCCCGGGGGAGCCCCUGCUGGAUAAUGAGUCGACCAGAGGAGAUGAGAGGGAUGACAACUGGGGCGAGACCACCACGGUGGUGACUGGCACCUCGGAGCACAGCAUCUCGCACGAUGACCUCACGCGCAUCACCAAGGACAUGGAGGACAGCGCCCGCCUGGACUGCUCCCGCCACGUGGGCGUCUCGCUGGGCGGGGCCCUGGCGCUGCUUUCCUUCCUCACCCCGCUGGCCUUCCUGCUGCUGCCCCAGCUGCUGUGGCGGGAGGAGCUGGAGCCCUGCGGCACGCCCUGCGAGGGGCUCUUCAUCUCCGUGGCCUUCAAACUCCUCAUCCUCCUGCUGGGCAGCUGGGCCCUCUUCUUCCGCCGCCCCAAGGCCUUCUUCCCCCGCGUCUUCGUCUUCCGGGCCCUGCUCAUGGUGCUCGUCUUCCUCCUCGUCGUCUCCUAUUGGCUCUUCUACGGCGUGCGCAUCCUGGACUCGCGCGACCGCAACUACCAGGGCGUGGUGCAGUACGCCGUCUCCCUGGUGGACGCGCUGCUCUUCGUCCACUACCUGGCCGUGGUGCUGCUGGAGCUGCGCCAGCUCCAGCCCCAGUUCACGCUCAAGGUGGUGCGCUCCACCGACGGGGCCAGCCGCUUCUACAACGUGGGCCACCUCAGUAUCCAGCGCGUGGCAGUGUGGAUCCUGGAGAAUUAUUACCAUGAUUUCCCCGUCUACAACCCCGCCCUCCUCAACCUGCCAAAAUCCGUCCUGUCCAAGAAAAUGUCCGGGUUCAAGGUGUACUCGCUCGGCGAGGAAAACACAACGAACAACUCGACGGGCCAGUCCCGGGCUGUUAUCGCCGCGGCCGCCCGGCGGCGUGACAACAGCCACAACGAGUAUUACUACGAGGAGGCCGAGCACGAGCGCAGGGUGCGGAAACGCCGCGCCAGGCUGGUGGUGGCCGUGGAGGAGGCCUUCACCCACAUCAAGCGGCUGCAGGAGGAGGACCAGAAGAACCCGCGGGAGAUCAUGGACCCGCGAGAAGCUGCCCAGGCCAUCUUCGCCUCCAUGGCCCGGGCCAUGCAGAAGUACCUGCGCACCACCAAGCAGCAGCCCUACCACACCAUGGAGAGCAUCCUGCAGCACCUGGAGUUCUGCAUCACCCACGACAUGACUCCCAAGGCCUUCCUCGAGAGGUACCUGAGCGCUGGGCCCACCAUCCAGUACCACAAAGACCGCUGGCUGGCCAAGCAGUGGACGCUGGUCAGCGAGGAGCCGGUGACCAAUGGCCUGAAGGACGGGGUAGUCUUUGUCCUCAAGCGCCAAGACUUCAGCCUGGUGGUGAGCACGAAGAAGAUCCCCUUCUUCAAGCUCUCCGAGGAGUUUGUGGACCCCAAGUCACAUAAGUUCGUCAUGAGGCUGCAGUCGGAGACCUCGGUGUGAACUGCAAAGGGGGCGGGUUGGGCUAUGAGCUAUGAGCAAGCUCCCUCCAGGACUCUCCCUUUUUUGACCGGAGCUCAGAGAGACCACCAUGCAGGGAGAGCCCUGUAGGAACCUCCCGGAACCAGCGUGCAUGUCCUAGGGCUCCGUCUCCUCUCUCUGCCUUCCUCCAUCUCUGCUUGCCCCCCAUUUGGGGGUUGGGGGCAGAGCCCUUUCUCCUUCCCGUCUCUGCUGUCUCCAAAACCCAGAUUCUUGUAGCAACCUCCCAGGAGGUCGGAAGGUGCGUCGCGCGAAGGCUGGCAUUUUAGCAGGAAGAAGAUCCCUCAUUUGGUGCCAAAACUCAAGGGCUACUUUUAUUCCUUCCUUCACCAGCGUCUCCAAAUGCAGCUGGGUCCGAGGAACCUUCUCAGUUUCCCUUUUUUUAUUACUAUCCCGAUCCUGGCCUUUUUUACACCUCCCCCGGAUGUUUGGAGUUUGUUUUUUAAAUCCCCUCACGCGAGGCUUUUGGAGCAUUUGCAAGCGUCCCUCCAGUAUCGUGGCUGCUAUCGAAACCUCCCUGCUCCACCUGCGGGCAGGAAAAGACGAACUAACGAUGCCGAAUCUGGUAUAGGAACCUCCUCUUUGGCUCUUCUCUGGGGUUUUCCAGAUCAAUUUUUUAACAACAACGAGAAGACUAGUUUUAAAAAGUUUUUUAAAUAGGGAUUUUUUUUCGUGUGUGCUGAUCUCUGUGCUUUGUAAUGGAAUCCUGUGUUUUUUGUAAAUAGUGACUCAAACCGGCCCAGUUCCACUUCCUUGACUAACUGGGUCCAAUUCCUCCUUUACACCAAGGGCAUCUUUACACCGCUCCGGCAGUGUAAGGGGGCCUUAAAGUGGAUGUCAGGUAGGGUUACGCUGCCGGAGUGGCAUAAAGGGGCCUUUGUGUCCAGGAGAAUCAGGCCUCCCCGCUGAUAAGGCUGGUGAAUGUGCUGCAUUGCAGGAUUUGAGCAGAGUGACUCAUCUUCCUUGUGCCGAGGCCUCAGGCUGUUCUCUGUCUGGAGGCUGAGCUUGGGUUUAGCAGUUGGGAUUUACAGGAAAAAAAACCGCACCGAAUCUCUCCCAUGCCCUAGGAAUCAUCCCCAGCCUCGGGCGAGUAAAGCCACUGUGACUCUUGCUUUUGUUAAGGGUCAUGACAGCAAGGUACAUGCCUAACUUUACCUCUUUAAGGUACUUACGUGGCCCCCAUCACCACUGCGUCUGGGGGGCUCACAGCUCCCCUGUGCGGUCGGGCAGUGCUGUUGUCCCUGUUCUGCAGCACAGGUCGGCGAAGCUAAGUGACUUGCCCAAGGAAUCUGUGGCGGAGAAGGGGCUCAAACCCAGAUCUCGCAGGCCCAGGAGCCUAACCACUAGCCCAUCCUUCCUCUGAGCCCCACCCGCAGCGGGUGUAACCCAGCGUAGGGCCGUUACCUGUAAUGGAGCUCUGCUGACUUAUACCCGCUGAGAUUCUGGCCUGUUGGUGUAAGUGGAACUGCUCUUGUGCUGGAAGUCAGGUGUGUGCUUUAACGGCCUUGCUGGUUCAGGGCCUAUCGUCACACGCACGUUUGGUGCGAAAACAGCCCCUCCAACUGUGCUCCCAUGAUCGCUGCAGUGGCGAGCCUGGCUGCUGCAGACUGAGCUGGGUUCUCUUCUUUCCUCCUGCGCCAUCCACAGAGCCUGGCGACAGCAUCUUCGGCCUUGGUUCUCGGCGCCCCGAGCCUCGCACGGCCCCUCACGCCGGUGCACAGCCGGGUGUAAAAGGCUCCCCCUCCUGAUCUGGCAGUCUUUUGCCCUCCCUUUGUACUGAUGACCCAGGGAGCUGGAGAAUCGGGUUCUUUUGUCUCCAGAGCUGGUGCGGGAAGGGGACAAGCAUGCAGAGAUUGCAGCUGGUUCCCGGGGCUGGCCGCAGCUAAUGAAAUCCAGUUUUUGGCUUUGUUACAAACGGAGCUGGUUGAAUCUAGAGAUGAAGGCCUCCAGGUCCAUUUCUCCUACGCCCCCUUUGUAGAUUGAAUUAGUUUCAACACGCCAGCUGGCCCCCUGCACGAACAGGGCUCUUGUCCACAGAAGAGGGCUAAAGCCAAGUCACAUGACUUAAAAAUAAUUUUUGCUUCCUCCUGGCAAACUUUGUCCUGGUCUCCCCCUUUAAUUUUGUUUCUGGAGCAGCAUCACUGGGCGUGCAUCAAGGGCCCAAUCCGGCUCCUGCUGGAGUCUCCAGAGGCCCAAUUCCUGACCUUCCUGCCCCUUCACGCCAGCUCAAAGCGAGCGUGUGAGAUGCAGCCGUCCUGAUCCACUGGCAUCUUACACCUGACUUUGCACAUGCCUCAGUGACCAGGGCCCAGACCCUGCCGACUCCUAGGUACACGCUGAGCUUUAUGUCCCGUUGGGCCUGCUCCUCUGCGGCGCCCGGUGUGGUCAUGAACGCGGGUCACUAGUGCAAAGCGAGGGCAAACCAGAAUGGUCAUGCGUUCACACCCGUCGCACUGGUGCAGUGGGGGUCUGACCCUGUGCCUGUCGGCAUCCAUGGUCAUGCUCCCAGUGACUUCAGUGGAGCAGGAGCAGGCCCAGAAUGCACCAGGCACAGGGUGAUGGAGAAGUGGGCACAAGGGGACCGCUCACAUGCACAAGCGACAGGAUCCGAGCAAGGCCGGGCGCAAGGCUGCGGAGGAUCAGGUCCAGGGAGAGUGCGGGGGUGUCUCUCCCAUGUCCCCAAAGAUUCAUUCCUUCUUCCCUCCCAUGUCCUCGGGAGCCUGGAAUCAGAAACCUGCAAUUCGUUACUGUGCCGUGGCCUCUCCCUUGGUACCGAGUUCUCCCACUCAGCUGGUGCGUGCGUCUGGAACUCCCCACCCAGUGGAUACUAGAACUGGCCGGCCGUCUCUCCCAUGGGCCUGUAUGAAUUCUGCCUAUGCCAGCUUCAGUGCUGGGGAGGGGCCUGGGCUAGACCCGCCGCCUGCCCUCCCCAACUGCAAGUGGCAACAUUACGAUGGGCCCCUCGCUUGGCGGGUUUUCGUCUCCCUUUUUUUGUUUGUUUGUUUUUUAGGUCAAACCAACACGAAGUCUUUUUGGUUACAAAUACCUCACGGGUUUUAUACUGGGUCCUUUCUACCGUCUGUGCCGUUGUCGUUUGCAAAAGGAUGGCUGUGUGUGUUGGGUUUGAGGAGAACUCUGGGGCUGUGUGAGGGUACUCAGAAACGUCGGGUUGCUGUAGGGGUUGGGGGUGUUGUAGGGCUCGCCAGGUUUUGUCACUGUGAUUUCAACUUUUUUCUUUUUUUAAAGCACUAAGAUUAUUAAAGGGCUGUGAUUUGUUGGGGCAGGGGGGGAAAUUGACGCUAUUUUGCUCUUGAAGUCAGAUCUGUGGUUAAUUUUUUUUUCCUUUUAUUUUUAAAAUUAGGGGUCUCCCCUCCCCCGCCCGGCUUCCAUGCUGUUGCUCAGAGGUUUACAAUCGUGGUAACUCCCUAUCUCUCUAACAGCCUCUGGGAUGUCAACUGCCUUUCUUUCUGAGCUCAGAUCCUCCAGGCUAGCCCCCCAGCUGGUGCAAGUUGCCGUAACAUCUGUCCAUCAGUCCGCCUGUCAGUCAUAGGGUGUUAUUUUCCCACCCAUCACCAUAGUAUCUGGGCGCCUUCCACAUAAGAUCAAUAGCAAAGUCCCUAGGAUUUUAUGGCCUUUUUCAGGGUCAGAAUUUGGGCUUGGGGGUAAGUUGAGCCCAGCUGUGGAUCUGGGUCUCCAAGUCUGUACAAAGAUACUCUGCUUUCCUCUUUGUCCUGUUCUCUCACUGUUAUUUGACUUCAAAGAAUCAUAGAAUAUCAGGGUUGGAAGGGACCUCAGGAGGUCAUCUAGUCCAACCCCCUGCCCAAAGCAGGACCAAUCCCCAAUUGGCCCCCUCAAGGAUUGAGCUCACAACCCUGGGUUUAGCAGGCCAAUGCUCAAACCACUGAGCUAUCCCUCCCCAAGCCUACAGCCCCCAGUAUUCCCAGGAGGUCUCCCAUCCAAGUACUAACCAUUUAGCACCAGAUUCACCAUGCGUGCAAAGUUCGCCCUAUGCUGAGGUCCGUGCACCACUAAGCCCUUUAAAACAGCUUUGGUGGGACAUCACUGGUGCAAUUGCUCUGUGCAAGCCCCUCUACACAGCAGGGGAAUAUCACCCCGUCUCUUUCUUCCCUAUUCCCAGCAUCCUCUGUGCUUAUCACCUGGGUCCGAUUUUGUUCUUGGUUACACUGGUGUAAAUCUGGAGCAACAUCAGUGGAGUCACUCUGGGUUUGCACAAGUGCAGCUGAGACCAGUCUGACUGUCUCUCGUCUUCCAGGGCUUUUAACCCUUUGUUUCCAUCUCCGUUCCAUGCUGCUUUGGAUCUCUGUACCUUGGCAUUUCCAUUACCACACCAAGCUGCCAGCUUCCCCACCUAUCUCUGCUGGGUCAUCUCCCAACAUGACAUCCCACUCCCUUUGUUUGGCUCAGUUAGUGUCUUGGCUCUUGUCCUCUCGACUUCAUUUCCUUCCACCCUUAGGCCAGAUUCCGAUCCCAGUGACACUCAUGUGGAGUCACGUGAGGAGGGUCACUGGAGAGACUCUGGAUUGACACCAGUUCCACUGAGAUCAGAAACCGGCCUCCAACUUCACAUCCAGAUUCCGAUAUCAGUGUCAUGGCACGGAGGUCAGUGAAGUGACUCCGGAUUUACAUUUUUUUAAUCAUGACCAGAAUCUCGGGCCUGAUUCCUCAUUGUCCUGCAGCUAGCUUUACACCACUGCAUAGCAGGUGUCAGCGACGAGACAAAGCGCAGGACAACCGAGAAUCACAACCCAUCGCUCCAGUCUCUCAGAUUCCUUAACAUCCUCCACCUUCCCCUAGAAAACAAAGCCCUGAGCUGUAAACCCUAAGCGUCAAUAUUCCAAGGACAAGAGGAUCCAGCUAAAACAUCUGGGUCAUUGAAGAUGCUUCAUGCACACAUCUGCUUCCAUUACUGCUACCUUCCACCAGCAGGGCGAUUCCCUUACCAUCACCAUUUCUUCUCCUCCAGAGGAUUUGUUAAUCUGUCCAUCUGUGUGUCUCCUUUCCUGAUCCUCCAGGGGAUCUUUCGCCGACAUGGUUUUAUGGAUCCGUCACCAUUGCUGUGAGCAUCUUGUCACGUUUCCGUGUGCACAUUUACAGGGGGAGAGUUGUUGUUUUUUUUUUUUAAUUUUUUUUUUAGUUUAAAAAAAAAAGACAAAAAUACUGACUCUUCCAUGGAGUGCGAUUGUAAAUGUAGAGGCUUUAGGGGUUUUGUUUUUCCACUCUGAGUUUAGGGAGAAAAAGGUUUUGGGGUUUUUGUUUUUGUUUUUUACAGAGCUGAUACCUUGUGCAUGCGUGUAGAAAAUUGUAAAAUGUAAAAUUGUUUUUUAAUAUAUAAAAAGUUUGGUUUUCCAGUUUGCAGUGAAUCUAAGCAUUAUGGCCAUGUUAGGAACUUUGGGUUUUUUUUCAUAAAUAUAGGAACUAAAACUGUACAAAUUUUUUUUUUAUAUAAAAUAAACACAUUUGACAUUUUUCUUUUC